CUUGUUUUAUUUCUACCCCUUCCUCUUCGGUGAGCGAACUACUCCGCAGUAGAGAAUUUGGGGGCGAUUAGGACCGCGGAGUAGAGUAGUCGCCAGCACCAAACCCUCUCCCUGAUCUUCCGAUCUUGUUCUGCUUUCUUCAUCUAUAUCUCCGGUGCUGUGGAUCGGUACUGCACGAAUGGCUCGUCUUUACGUUGGUAAUCUAGACCCCCGAACCACUGCACGGGAACUUGAAGACGAAUUUCGUGUAUUUGGGCCUCUACGAAGCGUUUGGGUUGCUAGAAAACCACCAGGCUUUGCUUUCAUUGAUUUUGAUGAUAAGAGAGAUGCUCAAGAUGCAAUCCGUGAUCUGGAUGGCAAAAAUGGAUGGAGAGUAGAAUUGUCCCAUAACUCAAGCAGCCGUGGUCGUGACCGUCAUGGAGCAUCAGAUAUGAAGUGCUAUGAGUGUGGAGAGACAGGUCAUUUUGCUCGUGAGUGUCGUCUUCGAAUUGGUUCUGGAGGAUUAGGCAGUGGAAGACGUCGGAGUCGGAGUCGAAGUCGCAGCAGAAGUCCUAGAUACCGCCGAAGUCCUAGUUAUGGCCGAAGGAGCUAUAGUCCUCGUGACCGCUCUCCAAGACCACGCAGUCCUUCACCUCCUCGCCGAAGCAGUCACAGCAAGUCUCCUCCUAAUGACAAUCAGCGUUCUGAAUCACCGCAUACUAAUGGAUAUCAACGCCGCAGCAAGAGCUGAGUUAUGCCCACUCGAUCAGGAGUCUCUUUGUGAACUUUAUAGGUCAUGGGCUUUUCUUAAAAUGAAUGUCUCCUUCUGUUUGAUCUGCACUCAGGCAUCUUGGAUUGGUUAAGUAUCUUGAACUUUCUUUUGCAUGUCUUAUAUUAAGCAUGAUGAACUCCUGAUAUUUUAGAGCAGACAAUGAUGUUUAUUUGGAUCAUAUAUUAUAAUUCCAGCUAAGUUCUGUAUGUUCUUUUAUUUUGUGUCGAGGAGGCAUCGUCGUCGUCCUGCUUUAACGACUGCCCGUCUUCGGCAUUCCUCGUUUUUAUGCUACUGCUACGUCUUCGUCAUUCAUUGCCUUUAUGACUCUACUACUGCAAAUGAUUUUGCUCUUCCUCACAUGUGCACACCAUCUUCAACAACUCUGUGAACGUCGUGUGAAGGAGCACCAUGUUCGACGAGUUGAGAAUACCCUGUGUUAUGGAGGCAUCAUUCUGAUUUAAUGACUUCCUGCCUUCUGCAUUCCUUGUUUUUAUGGUCCGACUGCAUCUUCGGCAUUCCCUGCCUUAUGGUUGUUCUACUACUACACUCAGUUUGGUUCUUUCUUUGCCAACCUGAGAAUAUCUUCUCAUGUCGAGGGGACAACAUUCUGCUUUGACGCUUGCCUGCCUUGCGGACUUCAUUUAGGGCACUUCUGCAUCUUCAGCAUUCCUUGCCUUUAUGGAUCUACAACUAUACAUGGUCUCGUUCUUCAUGCGCGAACACCAUCUUUGACAACUGAGAAUCUGUGUGUUGAGGUGGUAUAACCAUGUCUCUAGCACUGCCUUUUGUGGUUCUAUUACAACACAUGGCUUUGCUCUUUGGUGUCCGAACACUAAUCUUCCAUAAUUUGAGAAUAUCAUGUUCUAUAAUUUACACUAGUGUUGUAUUCUUCUACUGUUGAGCUGCAUUACAGAAGUUGUUGUAAAAGGUUUCAGGGGCUAUUUCGCCAUUAUAUCUCGGCCUUUGAAAAACCGUAUCUUCACUAUUUUUGUAGGUUUACCUUUUUGCUAUCUUCUCACAUAAACAAUUUGAUGAGGAAAGUUAAAACUAAGUUGAAGUAUUUUA